UCCAGUUUUUAGACUCGGUCCGGUAGAGGACAGUCGUGUCUGUUAGUUCUCUCUCUCAUUAACUCUUUGUGGGGGAGUUAUUUGGCCAUUGCUGGCUUAUUUCUACUUAGUUUGCUCCUUUCUGCUCAAAUUGCUGGAGUUUUCUUCAAAAGUGGCUAAACUUUAUUGGAAUCAGCUGGGGAGUGCUAGAAACGCUCCAGUGGCCCUGAGCAGCCCUGCAGCAACACCCACGUGCGUUUUGCAUCGCCCUAUCUUUUGCAGCACUUUCAAAGGAUUUUGGAGGCUUUUGGAGAGGUUUCCCUGCCUCCUGUUGCUGUUGGAGGAUUCUGGCUGCUAACUUCUGGCGCGAAGGCUUUUCCACGCCCAAUUUUGCCACGCUGUUAAGCCCUUUGGCUAGUGGCUAUUUCCUGCCUCCUGAGUAAUCUUCCUGGCUCCUGGAUUCUACUCUGCUUCUCUCCUGGCGCAGUGAGUUACCUGAACCUCCAAUUAUUCCCUGUGGGUGCAUUUAAGGGUGAUUUCUAUCCUUUGCAUUUAUUCUGAGCUGCAAAAGUAAAUUUCUGCUUUAUCAUGGCUGAUGCUAGGAGCAAUAAAUCCCAAAGCAAAGGAAAAAGGGGCCAUUCUUCUGAUCCUAAAGAAAGUUCCUCAGGGGAUUCUGUUCCUCCCAAGGCAGCCAGAGUUUCUACUAGAUCCACUCACUCCAAGAGUGCUAAUAUUGCUACAUCAUCAAGAGAAGAGACCAGGAGGCAUAAGGCCAUGGAAAAGGCCUUUCAAAAAGCUGCUUCAGAGGCCUCUAGAGUUUCAUCUCCUUCUGUGGGGCCUUCUAAAUCUCCUGCCUUCCCUACUUCCAAUGUGGCUGUUCCUUCUUCCCAAAUUCAAAUUGAACAUGAUUUUUCUCCUGAUCAGUCUACCCUGGGUGAGAAUGUAGCUGCUGAUGCUUCUUCAGUUUUUCCUGCUGCUAGGCCUCUAUCUCCAAUUGUUUCUAUUCAGGCCCCCCCAAGGCAAGAAUUUCCUGAGGCUCAAGCCCAAACCUGCAUUCAGGGGUCUGAGGCUCCUGUAAAUUUAACUCCUGCCCUAGCUGAACUUGUUUCUGUUUCAAUUAGGCAGGGUAUUGCUGAAGGCCUUCAGCAAAGGGCCUCUUCUGAGGCCUCCAGUUAUGUGAGUCAGCAGAGUCGUUCUGUGAGGGCCCAGAUGGUUGCUGAUCCUGUGCAAUGUGAGGAAAGGGCGGAUUCCCCGGAAAAUGCAAGUCAAGGUUCCCUGUCUGAGGGGGAAAUUGCCCCUGAUCAAGAUCUCUCGGAGGAUGAAGGCCUUGAACCAGACCAGCCUUCCUUCAUUGGUCUCUUCAAGCCUCAAUUAUUUAGAUCCCUUCUAUUUAAAGCUCAAAAUGUUACUGGCCUGGGAAUUUCUUCUACUCCUUCCUCUCAAGGGGCUUCUACACCAUCUUCUCAGCAUCCCUCUUCAUCAUUAUUAUUUCAGGAACCUUCCAUUCGUGCAGAGGUCGUUCCAGCUCCCAAGCUGUUUUCUGAUGUCGUUCAAAGACAGUGGUCUUCUCCUAGUUCUGGCCCGGUUCCCAAUGGUCUAGAUAAAAGAUUUUAUAAUAUGGCAUCUGAUUUUGCUAAUAUUCUUCAAGUUCCUUCUGUAGAUGCUCCCGUCGUCGCCCUCUCUUCUGCAUCUCCUCUUACUGGUCCGUCAGAGGAAUUCCUGCGCCCUGAAGAUAAGAAGUUGGAACGCUCCUUGGUCAAGGACCACCAGGCCUCUGCUUGGUCAAUUCAGGCCUCCUCGGCAGCUUCCUUUUUUAACAGGGCCUCCAUCCUUUGGCUUCGCCAAUUACAGGAAAGGCUGCCUCCUUCUGAUAUGCGAUCUCACCAGGACAUCAACAAGAUCCUAGCUGCUGUUGAGUUCUCUGCUGAUGCUACUCUGAAUGCGGCAAGGUUUUCAGCUAAGGCUAUCGGGGCUUCAGUCACUUCUCGUAGGCUCCUGUGGCUUCGUCAGUGGCAGGCAGAUGUUCGGAACAAGUGGAGACUGGCUUCAGCUCCUUUCUCGGGGAACUAUCUCUUCGGCCCAGCCUUGGACCCACUCCUCAUCGAGACGAAGGAUCAUCGCAAGAUUCUGCCCGCCUUAUCGAGAAGAUCUGAUCCUCGUCAGCAGGGUUCCUUUCGAAGCCAUUCCUUUCGCUCCGACUUCUCUUCCUUCCAGUCCAGGCCUCAGCGGUACCCUCAGCCCAGGGGCGGACAACAGCAGGAUUUCCAGGAGCACGUCAGAGGCCAGAGUCCCCUUGACUCCUCAAGUUCUCCGGUCCUUGGCAUGGUGGACCUCUCCGGCUCUUGCUCAGGGAUGCCUGUUCAGAGUGCCUCAACGCGUGAGCAUCACCACGGACGCGAGCCUCUUCGGAUGGGGGGCUCACCUGGGGUCUCAGCUGGCCCAAGGGCAUUGGUCGGUCCAGGAGAGGGGACUUCACAUCAACAUCUUGGAGCUCAGAGCCAUCUUCCGAGCUCUUCGCAAGUUCGCUCCUCUCCUUCGAGGUCUGGAUGUCUUGAUCAGAACAGACAACGUAGCUGCCAAGGCCCACAUCAACCGGCAAGGAGGGACCCGCUCCAAGGCUCUCAUGAGGGAGGCAUCUCGUCUCUUCAGGUGGGCGGAGAGUCACUUGGCAUCCAUCCACGCCUCUCACAUCUCAGGGUCAGCAAAUGUUCAGGCGGACGCUCUCAGUCGAUCGGUGGUGGACCAGACGGAGUGGAGCCUCGAUCCACUUCUGUUCCAGGACAUCGUGCAUCGCUUCGGCCUUCCAGCAGUGGACCUCUUCGCGUCCGAAUCCAACCACCAGCUUCCGAGGUUUUACACGAGAUUUCCUGUCCCGGGAGCCGAAGCUGUGGACGCCUUGAUCAGCCCGUGGCCUUGUGGUCUUCUUCUCUAUGCUUUCCCACCUCUUCCCCUCAUCUCCAGGGUCAUCAGGAAGCUGUUGCAGGAACAAGCCGAGCUCAUCCUUCUGGCUCCCUUCUGGCCCAGACAACCGUGGUUUGCGGAUCUGAUGGCUCUCUCUGUUGCUCCCCAUUGGCAGAUCCCGGCCGACAAAAUAUCUCUGUGGCAGGGCCGUCUAGCUCAUCCAGACCCUCAGUGGUUCCGGCUGACCGUCUGGAGGUUGAGCGGUUCCUCCUGUCCUCAGCCAGGGUGCCUUCGGAAAUAAUUUCUAUGAUCCAGGCCUCCCGUCGAGGAUCAACGAACCGUAUUUACAAUGCCACUUGGAUGGCCUUCUCUGCCUGGUGUCGCCGUAAGAAGGUCCUUCCUACUGCUGCUUCCAUUCUUGACAUCCUGGGCUUCCUUCACGAUGGAUUCAUUUCGGGGCUUUCUCCCAAUACCCUCCGGAGGCAAAUCUCUGCCAUCUCAUCUAUCCUCACCUGCGGCACCGCUGAGUCGGUGUCCACUCAUCCUCUCAUCCGUUCAUUCCUCAGAGGCGCAACCAAUCUACGUCCUCCGGCUGUUCAUCGGUUUCCCACCUGGGACCUGAAUAAGGUUCUGUUAGCUCUUACUGGUCCUCCUUUUGAACCUCUCCGGGAAGUCUCGCUGAAGUUCUUGUCUUUUAAGGCAGCCUUUCUAGUGGCUAUCACCUCGGCUAGAAGGAUCUCGGAGUUGGCUGCCCUCUCAGUUCGCCAGGAUCUCUGUAUUAUUCAUCCUGAUCGAGUAAUUUUGAGAUUGGAUCCAGCUUUUAUUCCAAAGAUCAAUUCAACUUUUCAUCGUUCUCAAGAGAUCAUUCUUCCCAACUUCUGUCCUUUCCCCCGUCAUCGCUUGGAGACUGUGUGGCACAAGCUUGAUGUUUGUCGGGCUCUCAAGAUUCAUAUCUCCAGGACUUCUUCCUUUCGUCGCUCCGAGGCUCUCUUUGUGUCUUUCCAACCCCAGUCCAUGGGGUCAAAGGUUUCUUCUACUACCUUGGGUCGAUGGCUCAGGGCUUCCAUUUCUUUAGCUUACGAAGCUCAAUCGUUGCCAGUGCCUCGUGGUGUUACAGCCCACUCUACCAGGAGCGCGGCUACUUUGGCUGCCUGGUCUACCCAAGCUUCACUCGAGGAGGUCUGCCGAGCCGCUACUUGGACGUCUCCAUCUCCAUUUAUCCGGCAUUACCGGUUGGAUGUUUAUGCAUCGGCGGAAGCCUCCUUUGGAAGAUGUGUGCUGCAGCGGGUAUCUUCCCAGGACCAGGAGAGGCGCCGGCCUUCUCCCUCCCAAUAGACACGACAGUCUACCUUUCGUCCUCGUCUCAAACUGGAUACAGGAAGAGGCGGGGCUUCUUUUGUUGGUGGACUCGGUCCUAGAGCUACUGGCUUGGUUGUAACCCUUUAGUGACCGGCGUUUCCUAGUGACUAGAAGUGGUGUAUCAGGUAAGACCAACGCUCAAUUUCAACCCAUGCAAAACUUUGGCUUGGCACAGAGUGAACUAAAAAAUUCAUCCAUCCAUUGGAAGUGGCUCUAGACUAUCGAUCAGGUCAGGAAAAGUAGCUGACAGUCCCAAAGAUCAGGGGAAGGCAGAGCAUGUACCCUGUUUCCCUGAAAAUAAGACAUCCCCUGAUAAUAAGCCCAAUCCGGCUUUUGAGCGCAUGUGCUAAAAUAAGCCUUCCCCUGAAAAUAAGCCCUCCCUGAAAAUAUUUAAACGCAGAGCUGGAAAUCAGGUAAGAUGGCAAGAAGAGCCCCAUCUUGCUCCAGGCACCCCAAAAUAAUAAGAACUCACCAAAAAUAAGUCCAAGUGCUUAUUUCAGGCUUCAAAAAUAUAAGAUAGGGUCUUAUUUUCGGGGAAACAUGGUACAAAAGUAUAAGUCAUAUUUUUCGCUUCUAUAUUAAUAUAAAAAUAAUAAAUUUGAAGCGUGAGAGGGAGAAGGAAAAAUCGAUAAUGCUUCAGAUUACAAAUUACAACAAUAACAAUAUAUUGAGAAGCAUCUAAAAAUUGUUACAAGGUAAGGAACUAUCAUUGAUAGAUGAACAAUUAGGGGACUCUGACUAAAAUAUGGAUUUCAAUUUUGACUCUGUUUCUUUCCUGGAAAUUGUGGGAAAUAUUUACAAUAAAUGUGAUUUACAUCGCCAUCAAGCGGAGAACAAGGCAGUAAGUUAUCUGCCAGCAAUGAAAUUCCCAAAAUGUUCAAAUGAUGCAGCACAUUAAAUUUUCAAUAUAUGACUUUCCUUCUGUUGUUUCACAUGUUUCUGAAGGAUGGAAAUAAAUAUACUUUAACUGAUGUUGAGACAUUUUCAGUCAUGUCUACAAUGGAAGAUGAAGGCACUCUAGAAGGUCAAAGUAUCCUGGGUCUCUUUUAUCCUGAGGGCUAUGUAAAUUCAGUGACAGCUUCCUGUUCAAAGGAACCAUAUCUUCCUGCUCUCCUGAUGCCUAAACAUCUCAAAGUGUGAGUGCUUCUCUAAAUGUUUUCCCAUCAGUAAGAAUCCUCCAAUCUUUUGAAGAAGCAAUAAUGGCACUCUGGCUGAACCUUAUGUUCUUGUUAGUUGUCCUCACAGGUAUUACUUUCACCUUGAAAGAGAACAAUUAUUCCUCAGUUUUUUGUGUUUACCUGCAGGGUGUUUUACUAAACAACCUUUCUUUUUAGGUGUCCAAUCUGAGGUUCAAUUGGUGGAAUCUGGAGGGGAUGUGAGAAGACCUGGAGAGUCCCUCCGUCUGUCCUGCCAAGCCUCUGGAUUCACCUUCAGCAACUAUUUCAUGGGCUGGGUGAGACAGG